AUGCUCUCCUCCGUUGCUCUCCUCGCCCUCGCCUCCGGCGCCAUGGCCCUCAAGGUCACCGAGCCCUCCGACAGCACCAUCUGGAGCACCGGCGAGAAGCAGACCAUCAAGUGGGACACCGUUUCCAGCGACGAGUCCACCUUCAACAUCUACCUUUCCAACAAGGCCUCUUACCCCCCUACCGACGUCCUCCUCGCUUCCGAUGUUUCCUCCAGCGACGGCUCCUACGACGUCGACGGCAGCAAGCUCACGGAUGGAAACAGCUACACCAUCAACUUCACCAACGGAACCAAGACCGAGCAGAUCUACGCUCAGUCGAGCCAGUUCAACAUCACCGAGGGCACUUCCUCCGGUUCGUCUUCAUCUUCCUCCUCCGCGUCCGCUACGGCGUCUGGCUCGUCGACUGCCUCCGCGUCCAGCACUGGGGCUGACUCUACCGGCACAGCUUCGUCCACCUCCAGUGGCAGCGCUAGCGCCACGGCCACGGCCACCAAGAGCUCCUCCACCUCGGAUGCCUCUUCCACCUCUGCCUCCUCCUCCGGCAGCGCGAGCGCCAGCGGAUCCGCCACCGGUUCCAGCUCCUCCACCAGCGCUACCGCCUCCGCCGGUGCCACCUCGGGCGCUGGCAAGAUCGUCGCCAGCUGGUUCGGUAUGGCUGCUGUCGCUGCUCUGGCUCUGUAA